CAUAGGAUCUAAAGAGAAGGCUUGUCUUAUCUUGGUGCUAAAUUUUAAAUAAUUUUGCCUUUUGUUUUUCCAAUACAUUCCAACACUCCAUCCAUGUUGAGGCCCACAAUUUGGACAAUCUGGAUUCUUGCAUGUGUACCUUAUAUACCAUUGACAAGUUUUCAUAUUCAUUUAAUUGUCUAGUUGCUGUUUUUUAAUGCUCGGGUACGUUUCGUUAUUAAGAAUAUGGGCUACUUGCCUCCCUUUAUUAGAAUAAGAAUCAAAUUAAAGACGACCUUGAUUGUUAUUUACUGUUUUUCAAAAGGUUGCCGGUUCGUUAUGGGGUAGAGAUUUCCUGCCAGAAUCAGUAAUGCUUUUUCUCCUUAAGUUUCGAACUGUCUUGGAUCUUGAUAUCCUUCUCAUGGAAGCCAAAUGGACACCAUUCCAGAUUUUACUGCUGUUUGUUGUCUGGAUUGCAUCCAUUAUCUGUUCUUCAAAUAUGGGUCCAUGUGAGGCGGUUGAUGGACCAUGGAUCGAGCAUCAAGGUCAAGACUCUUUUAAGAAGAACACGAAUAGAUUUUCAAAUCCACUUGUUGGAGAUGAUGGGAGGAUAUAUGUUUGUUAUGAAAGAAAUGUUUUCUCAUUUGAAAAGAACGGUAAAGUUGCAUGGACUAUUCCUCUCAAUUAUACAUGCAAUACUGACAUAGAUCUGGUCCACGACGAAAGAGGGAAGAUAUAUUUGGUGGCAGAUGGAAGAAUUUUGAAAAUCAAGCCAUCGAAUGAUGGAAUUUCCAAAUCUACCAUAGAAAUUUUCUUGGAUCUGGAAUCGAGUCUUGGAGGUUCAAGCGAAAUCAUCGGUCUUUCAAUAAGCAUUUGGAGUUCAUCUCUGUUCAUCAGUAUAAAAAACCGUGGGCUCUUUGCAUACACGCUAAGUGGACAGCUGCUGUGGAGCACUGGACCUGUGCUUCAUAGGCAUGGUUACCGUCAAGGCUGCAAAGAAAACAUAACAGAUUGUUAUUUUGAUUCCGCACCCAUCAUUGAUCAGUGCGAAGGAAGCCUAUAUAUCUCGAACAAUGAAGGACAACUCUAUUCCAUUUUUGUUCAGAGCCCCAACUUCAGAUGGGUCCAGGAUUUUAGUGCAAUCGGCAAACUUCAAGUUAUUACGCCUGGUAACAACGGCCGUCUGUAUCUCAGUUUCCCAAGAGCUGGUCUUGUGAUGGCACUAGAUGUCUCGACUGGAAUUAUUCUGUGGCAGAAUAAUGCGGGUCCGUUGUGUAUAGAAGGAUGCUCACCUGUCGUUGAUUCCAAUGGCUGGGUAUCUGUCGGUUCGAUGGACGGCUUCCUGUAUUCGUUCUCGCCGACCGGAGUUCUCAAGAAGUUCCUGAUGGCAACUGCACUCAAUUCAGUGGUCCAAGUCAGCCCUGUUCUUGAUUGCUCUGGAUCUGCAAUUUAUGUUUCUCAGACAAGGAUGGAGGCAAAGACCAGCCACAUGAUUGGUGAAUAUACCUGCAUCUCAGCAAUGAAACCACUCGAAGUAAUCGUAACGCUGUUUGCUCCAGCAGCUGGAGCAAUAUAUUGGACCGGAAAGCAUCCUGGUGAAUUGUCGUCUUUGCUAUUCGAGAGCAACCAACACCAUCUUGCAGUCGAUGAAAGAAUCCUUCUUGCUUUUGUAACUGCAUCAAGAAUGGGCACACCCUUCUCUUGUCGUACCACACGUCAGAAGCUUGCUUGGAGCUGUUCCCAAGCAAAGCCCAAGUAUCUCAGCAUCUAUACAGGCAAUGAAAGGGCAAUACUGUUAUUCUUGCUAUUCCAGUCCAUGGUUUUAGUAGCACUAGCCGCAUUAGUACGGUUCUGUUGUGUAUUUUGGAGCAAGAAGAAGCUACGGGAUCAAAACCUUGGAAAUUUCUUGGAAAAGAGGCAUUCACUCCAUGUAAGAAAGAAAGCCUUCAACAAGAAGAUCAUGGAGCUUGAACAGAAGGCCGGAGGCCAUGAAUCUCUGGAGAGUCUAGGCGAAAUCAUCAGAGACAGAGAUCGGAUAGAGCGGAAGCUGUCGACCACUUACAGUCUGGGUCGAGACGGGCCGGCGUCUUCCCUGCUGCCGCUCUACAGUGGGAGGAAGACCAAGAGCUACUCUUUCCAGAGCAGGACCAACGACAGCGUCGACACGCUCAGCGACACUACUACUUCCAGAGAAAGCAGCAGCAGCAGCAGUAGUGAUAGCAACCAGAGAGAGGUAGGCCAGCAAUCAAGCGAUGAUAACGAGUCGAAGGUGCCUUUUGAAGUGGGGUCCAUCGGUAGGCCUUGGGAGAGUCAGGCGAGCCCCGCUUCGGGAUCGAGAGGGUAUGCGAACCCUUUGUUCGAUGAGAAUCUGCUCGAUGGUGGGUCGUCGAGCAGGUCGAUGAUGCACGGUGGGGAUGAACUUGUGAUGGGGACCAGGCAGCAGGGGAGUAGUGGAGGGAGUGUGUCGUUGAAGAGGAGGAAGACAUUGUCUUCUAAGUAACUUGAAAAGGAUGUAUUUGAUGAAUGCAUCUUGCCAUUGUACAAAUGAAAGUUAGGAUUGCUUGAUCGUUUCAAUUUUGUGUGUGGCGCACCUGAAUUGGGUUGCUUCAUUUGGACGGUUUGCAAUCGAGUAAAUACCUGUAACUUGGACGGUGGUGGCUGCAUGCAUGUGUGCGUAAUGUUCUCUCUCAACUGAUGAUAUGUAUUUUGUCUUAGUUCUGUUG